AUGACGUCCACGUCGCGGGCGUCGAGCGCGGUGGUGUUCCCGGGGGCGCUGCGAGCGAUGGAACGGCGGGGGGGAGACGGGCGGGAGGCGGGCGAGGACGUCGAGAGACGCUCGGCGUCGUUGGCGCCGAUGUGGGCGACCGCGCGAGAGCGGGCGAUCGAUGAUGAGUUGGACGCGCGCGAGCGCGGAGGGACGGGGUCGGCGGAGGUGUACGUGGUGUCGAGACCGUUCCAGGAGUGGGGGAAAGGAAUAUUCUCGGCGCUUCCGAACGGGGCGAGACAGGCGCUUCUCACCGCUGGCGUCGCGCACUUCAUGCUCGUGUACAAGGAUCUGAAGACGGGUCAGAUGCAACAGUUUGAUUUCGGUCCGGUGGGGGGAGACGUGCACGACAGAUUGUUCGCGCUCACGGGUGGUAAGACGUACCGGUCGAGCGAGCGCGGCGCGCGGGACACGGUGUACGCCAUGACGAGAGGGAGCGCGCAAAAGCAACACAAGGCGCGCCGUAAGUCUUCGUGCGUGCAGGGCGACAUUCGCGAAACUUCGCUGAGCACACUUCCGAAGAAUGCGUUUCUGGUCGGAACAACACACUUGUCGCUGGACGACAUCAAGAAUUUCAACGACGCGCGGGACACGAUGUACGAACUGCACGUGAACGAUUGUCGACACUAUCUGAACGAUUUGAGCUACUAUCUCACCCGCGAGUCCGCGGCAUGCAGCAGGUUCGUCAACUACUCCAUCAUGAGGCGCCUAGAAGAGAAGAAGGGCCAAUUUUGGGAGCAUCACAUGUGGCUCACGAAGGCUUUGGCGGACGUCGAGAACGUUUCGCACUGGAACAAGGCGGGCAGGUUCGCCGGCGCAACUCUCAUGUUUGGUAUGGGUACGCGCUUCAUGCCCUUCGUUCCGGCGAAACGUCUGGUGACGUGGGGCUCGGGAGUCGUGGCGGGCACGUCUGACAACGUUCCUGUCGUUCGCGAAGUCUUGAAUUUCGGUGGAUUCCUGCUCGAUUCCGGGAGAUCGGUGCUGCAGUUUGUUUUCACUGCGCAGCAUACGAUUAGAAAGAACGUCACGAGGGGCGUCGAAUCUCACAUUUUGAACACGAAAGCCAGAGCUCGGCCUCCGAUGUCACGGUCGGCUAAACUCGCGAGAGCGAGCAAGUCCUCAAACGAGGAUUUGUCCACUCCGAGAGCUGGCGUUCGCGUCUCCUCGUCCAUCGUCAUCGUUCCCGGCGUUGCCAUCACGAUGGGCAACACCGCUCGAAAGGCAUUCCCGAAAUUCCCAGUAGGAGCCGCACAAAACAUGUUUCAAGCGAUUGGCAAUCGAGCUGCGUCACUCCGAGCGAACCUGAGCGAUGCCGCACAGAGGUUCAACGAACGAGACAAAGUCAGGGCGUGA